AUGGCUUCCGAAACUACUCUUCUUCCUCUUGACCUCCCAGUCAUCGAUUUCUUGAACAAAAACCUGAAAUCGGGAGAGCCCGAAUGGGACUUAACAAGGGCUCAUGUCCUGAAAGCUCUACAAGACUAUGGUUAUUUCAAGGCUUCUUUCGAUAAAAUCCCUAUCGAACUACGAAAAUCAGUCUUCCGGGCCAUGGAAGAACUUUUCGACUUACCCUUAGAGACCAAACUGAGAAACGUGUCCGAAAAGGCAUUCCAGGGAUACGUGGGUCAAGUUCCAAAUUUGACAUUGUACGUGUAA